CUAUGGAGUGGGCUGUGUUUUUGCUUCUCUGAUAGAAAAUUGCGUAUUAUUUUCGCAAUUAUUAUGUUUUACUAAUUUAAAAUAUUAACUGCAGUAGACAAAUAAUUGUGAUUGCUAUUAGAAUAUAAAUUACAAGCAGAUCACAAUGGCGACACUCAUAUUUUUUAUGUUGGCAACAAUUCUCCCAAAUUUAAAUUCAGAAUAUAUUCCACCUGGCCCAGCAUAUCCAUGUCCAAAAGAGUCAGACAAUCAGCUCCUGUUUCCUUGUGUAUGUCAGAAAGGGACAGAUGCAGGGUUGCACAUUAAAUGUGAGAACACAGGGUUGGCGGUCAUGAGUGUUGGACUGGGGAAUAUAGCUAGUUUAGGGUUGCCAGUUGAAAGAUUGGAAAUAAAAGAAUGCAAAAUAUCCCAUCUCUUCGGCCCACUCCUCCAUCGAUCAACAGUGCGAACGUUGCACAUUAUCGACACACCCAUCAAAUCGAUAGACGGUUACGCGUUCGCCGGUGUGAACAGGACUUUACAGGAAAUAUAUAUGGUCAAUACAAGGAUCAAUAAGUUUCCUAAGGAGGCAUUUAAGAUUCUGGGUAACCUAACAAUCCUAUCAAUAGACGGACAUAGUAUGACGGCACUCAGUAAGGACAUCUUCGCUGAUAGCUUAGCUGUUGCACGGCUGGAGAAGUUACACCUCGUAAAUGGCUUGCUGUCUGAUAUUCCUGUUGAAGCCUUUCAACAUUUAAAAAAAUUGAAAAAGUUAGAUCUCCAUGGUAACAGACUGGUCAAUCUGAAGAGGAAUCAGUUUAAGGGGCUUCGGGACACAGAAGUAUUGGAUUUGAGUUAUAAUAAUAUCACCAAAUUGGACGGUAGCCAUAUUGGUGAUUUGACAAAACUCGGAUGGUGUAAUGCGAGUCACAAUCAACUUCCGGAAAUACCGAGAGGUAUGUUCGCGAGAAAUACAGUUAUAAAAGUUGUACAUUUGGAUAAUAAUAAAAUUAAGAAAUUGGACACGAACAGCUUUAGGGGGAUGAGGUUUUUGAGACGUCUGUACCUCCAAGACAAUCAGAUAUCCGAUGUGGGCAGAGGGACAUUUUCAGCUGUGACUCGCAUAGGAACCGUGGAUCUGGCAAGGAAUUUCAUCACCAAGGUCGAUUAUCAGAUGUUUCAGCAGGUCAAAUAUGCAGAGUUAAUAAAUCUAGCAGAGAAUAACAUAACAUUGAUAGACAAACAGGCGUUCACCGACCUGUAUUUAGCUGUUGUGAAUAUAUCCCACAAUGCGCUGUCGAAGAUCGAACCCGGAGCUUUUCAGAACUGCAACAACAUGACGGUAUUGGAUUUGAGUUUUAAUAACCUCAAGGAUAUCGACAAAAAUGCAUUCGACGAGAACACGUACGCGAACGAACUGCAAGUUUCACACAAUGAGUUCACUAGUAUGAGUCAGAUACCGAUACACAACAUGACAGGUAUUCGCGUACUGAACGCGUCCCACAAUUACAUAACCACUGUACCAAAGGGGACAUUCCCGAAGCUAUACGAACUGCAUACAGUGGAUAUAUCGUAUAACAAUCUCACAGACAUAUACAAUGCUGUGUUCCAGAAUUUGUUCUCCAUACGAUUUCUCAAUCUGAGUCACAACGCCUUAGAGCGUAUCAAACCUGCGACCUUUGGUACGAUACCGACGGUCCUGGAGCUCGACUUGUCGUACAACAAGCUGCAAGACGUGUCUCGUGGUAGUCUAGCGAAGUUGGCGAGUUGCAGGCUGUUAGAUAUCAGUCACAAUUAUCUGACCAAGAUAUUCCAAAUACCAAUCAGUUUGGGCGAACUGAAUUUCGCUCACAAUAAUCUAUCGGAGAUCGUGUACAACACGUGGCCGACCAUGAACGCGCUGCUGCGGCUCAACUUGUCGAGCAACGCGCUGGGCGACCGGCUGGCGAGCGACGCCUUCUCCGGCCUGCUGACGCUGCAGUCGCUGGACCUGGCGGGCAACGGGCUCACUAGGCCCCCGUGGGAGGCCUUGAAUACGUUGACCAGCUUGCAGUAUUUGUAUUUACAGUACAAUAACCUUACGUCCCUCUCUAAAUCCGCGUUCGGUAACUUGCCAACGACAUUCAAACUCGACCUGUCGUACAACCAGUUGACGGAUUUGGGUCCAAGGACGUUUAAUGGUAUGCAGCAGCUGCUGGAUUUGUCGUUACGCGGCAACCAAUUGGAGAAGAUACCGAAUGAAGUUUUCAAAGGAUUAGUUGCUUUAAGGAAAUUGGAUCUCUCAUACAACAAACUAAACAAGAUAGACAACAAAACAAACGGGCUUCUAGACGAUUGCCUGUCACUAGAAAUGGUUAACCUUAGUCACAAUCAAUUCGGUUUCUUAACAAGGAAGAUGUUCCCAGCGAGUCCUUGGAUACCGUACAGACUUAUGGAAGUCGACCUGAGUCACAAUGAGAUACCGGUUGUCACAUUUGACAUAACUUUUGGCGGGAAGAAAUUGAAAAAGUUAAAUUUAUCCAACAACUAUAUUAAUGAUAUUAGGAAUAAUGUACUAGGGAACUUAACGUCAUUAGAAAUUAUAGAUCUUUCAAAUAAUCAGUUAAAAGAUCUAGUAUCAAGGACAUCGGACACCACAUUCAAUCUUCCAGAUAAUAUAACUGAAAUGUAUCUCCGGAAUAACACGUUGGAAGUGUUGCCAGUUGACAGUUUAGUGAAGGCGAAGUUUUUAAAGCUGUUGGACGUCCGUAAGAAUUAUUUAACCAGUUUUUAUCCGGAGAUCGUGAAAAUGAUACGAGAUAACGGCUUAGGGGUGUAUUUCGAAGAUAAUAAACUCAAAUGUGAUUGCUUCACACGCCCUCUGAAACAUUAUUUACAAAAACUACCCUCGUCUGUGUUGAGGGAAGAUGAUAAAUACAAAAACAUCACGUGUCUCGAACCGCCAACAUUGGAAAACGAGAACUUUUUUAAUUUGGACGAAGAAAGGUUGUUGUGUGCCAGCAAUGUUGAAUUGAAUGAUAAAAUAAGGAAUUAUGGCAACACUGAGUACGAUUUCACGUCGGAACCGGAUGUUUUGUUCAGGGAUGUACAAUACUCACAGACUUCAAUAUACGCGCAUUGGUAUGUCUCGACCGCAGACGACGUCGCCGAUUUUUAUCUAUACAUAAGGGAUAAAAACAACACACUGUACUACAGCAAAGAUAUUUCGUACAACGUCCGUUCCCUGACGAUACCCGUUGAAAAGGAUUUUAAAACGACAGUACAAAAUGGUGCCGACAUUUGUAUCCAAGCGAAGAGUUCUAGCGGUUUCGCGCGCAAAUGGUUUGACAGCCAAUGUCAAAUAGUUCCGUCGAAUUUCGAUUCGUGGCCGAAGAAAUUGACAGUUGACAAAAGGAGGUUGUCGAAAAAGAGGGUCAAAUAUGUUUCGUUUGGCAGAAAUAGCGUGCUUGGUCUUGUAAGCGAUUCCAUAUUAAUAACGCUCUGCAUAUUUUUAGGGGUAUGUUUUAGGAGAUUGGCUGAUUUGGAUAUUUGAUUUAUAUUAUAUAUAUUUAUUUUGGAAAAAACUAAAAUUGACCUAAAAGGUUUUGAAUUUUGCUUUUAUUGAAAGACGUAGUAUUUUUUGUCUUUUUCUAAUAUAUUUUAUAAGAAAGAGACUUCAAGGAAAGUAUGAAGAUCUACGUUUAAUGGUAAAGCAGAAUAAUUAGUACCUUACUUAUUAUCAUAGAAAAAAAGGUUUGUGUUUAAAACAGAUAAAAAAUGUUUAUUAUAUUCCGUCCAUGUAUUCGGCUUUUGCUGUUUAAAAUACUCAUUAAUGACAAUUUUGAAUUAUCAAGUUAUUUUAUGAUUAUGUAAAAUCAUUUUUAAUGUUUAAAUUCGGUAUUUAAAUACAAAAAAGUAUUAUUUUUUCAUUCAAAAGAAAUAUAAUUUUGAAUAUCAAAAAAUAUAUAUUAUUUAUAAUUUAUUUUAUAUAAAAAUAUUUAUUAUGGGAUGCUCGACGGAAAUAUUUUCCGCCAAUUACACUUGUCAAUUUCUUUACGUCAAUUUGACAUAUAGAAAUUUAAAAAGAAAUUUGAUAUAUCAUCUGCAUUACAAUUCUCGAAUCAAAAAUCGAUUAUAUAAAGCCUUUUUACAAAGUUAAAAAAAAAACAUUCAAUCUAGAAGCUAUGUACAGCGUUUGAUAGUUUGUUUUAAUAGUAUUUUAUUUUAUUGUCAGUUAGAAAAGGAAAGCUAUUGCGAGUUGUUUUCUUUUCUGACGUGAAGUUUCAGGUGUCAUAAAAUCCAUAACUAUAGACAAUAUCUUCAGCGAUAUAUUUUUUAAAACACAUUGCCCGACAUCGUAGAUUUUUAUUGUCAAUAACACAUAAAAAACUCAUUUAAAAAAUUCAGCACUUGCAAGUUGAAAUGUUAAGUGCACAAGUGUAGUUUAAUUUCUGUAUAUAAAACAAAGAUAUAUAAGAAAAAGUUCUGAAAGCAUAUAAGACAGGUUGUAUUAUACUACCAUUUCAAAAAGACAUUGCUACGUAAUUCCACAAGUCAAUACAAAUAAAAAAAUAUAUUCUUUAAAAAAAUGUACGCAUCAAAAUAUAGGCAUUUUUUAUUUAAAAAAUAAGUUUUAGGCAAAUAUUAUU